AUGGCUUCGAACACUGACGACGACGAUGACAUGGUGGUUCUCAGAUGUAUAGACCCUAAUUAUAUAGAACCAGAGCCCGAUCACGAACAGAUUCUCAUUUCAACGGCUGAUAUCAAUAACUGGGACUUGUUAUUUAUUCUCAGUAACCAAACUGUCCAAGUUAAAGCUAAUCGAAACAGGCUUAUCGAACAGUCUUCGUAUUUUCGUGGACUCCUCAGUGGAAGCUUUAGUGAAUCAUGUCUUGAGUGUAUAUCAAUCCACUGGAGGCUAGAGACAUUUUUGAGUGUUCUGAGAUGUUUGUUUGACUGUCCUGUGGAUGUUACCUCUGAUAAUUUCCUUUCUCUAUACGAGGCAGCACUAUUUUUUGGAGUGGAGAUGCUUCUGUUGAAGUGUAAGAUUUGGUUGACCGAGGUUACAUCAUUGAAGGGACUAUCGUCACUGCAAUUACAAUUGCAUGAAUUGAUCCAUAUUUGGAAGUUUGGUCUGGAGCAUGGUAAAGCAAAUGAUUUUAUUCCAGAACUGUGCACGAGCUAUCUUGCGAGGAACUUUAUGUGGGCCGUGUGCAGUGACUCUUUUAGCGAUGUUCCAUGUGACUUAUUUGUUUCUUGCAUAAAGCAUCUCCAGUUGACUGUGGACAGUGAGAAGCAUCUUUGUGACGCUGUUCUGGUUUGGCUUGCUUCUAACAAAGAACGAUUACAAAGCUUGAGCAGCAAUGAAGAUGAUCGCAGUUGCAUUUUUAAACAGGUAUGGAGGAUAUGUGCCAAUGCCUAUGUGAGAAACUAUAGUACUUUAUGUGGAAGCCUCUCUCUCUGUCUCUCUCUACACACACACACACACACACACGGGUAAUGAGGAAUAACAUGAUGGCAUUGUCA